AUGUCUCAAUUUACAGAUGUCGACAGAUUAGCAAUCACAACCAUAAGAUUGCUUUCUGUAGACCAAGUAGCAAAGGCCAAUUCAGGCCACCCAGGUGCUCCAUUAGGAUUAGCACCAGCUGCACAUGUCCUUUGGAAACAAAUGCGUAUCAAUCCCAAGAAUCCCAAUUGGAUCAACCGUGACAGAUUCGUUCUCUCCAACGGUCAUGCUUGCGCCCUAUUAUAUUCGUUGCUACAUCUUAACGGAUAUGACUUCACCAUGGAGGACUUGAAAAAUUUCAGACAGGUCAAUUCGAAAACUCCAGGCCAUCCUGAGUAUGGACUGCCAGGUGUUGAAUUGACUACAGGACCAUUAGGUCAAGGUAUCUCCAACGCUGUGGGAUUAGCCAUUGCUCAGGCAAAUUUUGCUGCUACUUAUAAUCAAUUGAAAUUCAAUUUAUCUGAUAAUUACACUUUUUGCUUCCUGGGUGAUGGUUGCUUGCAGGAAGGUGUUGCAUCUGAGGCAUGUUCUUUAGCUGGCCAUUUGAAAUUAGGAAAUUUGAUCGCCAUUUAUGAUGAUAACCAAAUAUCUAUUGAUGGUGAAACUAAACUUUCGUUCGAAGAAGAUGUCUUAAAGAGAUAUGAGUCUUAUGGCUGGCAAGUAUUAUCGGUAAAGAAAGGUGAUGACGACUUGGAUUCCAUCGCGCAGGUCAUUGAGGAAGCCAAAGCAAACAAGGAACAACCAACACUUAUCAAAUUGACUACUGUUAUUGGGUUUGGUUCUUUACAACAAGGUACAGCGGCUGUUCAUGGUUCAGCUUUGAAAGCUGACGAUGUUAAACAAUUGAAAAAAAAAUUAGGAUUCGAUCCUGAAAAAUCAUUUGUUGUUCCACAAGAAGUGUACGACCUUUAUAAAAAAGAAAUAAUUGAACCUGGUCAAAAGGCAAAUGAUGAAUGGGAUAAGUUAUUUGAACAAUACCGAAAGGAAUACCCGGAUUUGGGUGAAGAACUAGCAAGAAGAUUUCGUAAGGAACUACCAAAGAAUUGGGACGCUAAAUUACCCACCUAUAAAUCCACCGAUCCUCCUAUGGCCACAAGAAAAGUAUCAGAAGCCCUUUUGGAAAAUAUCACUUAUGAUUUACCAGAAAUACUUGGUGGGUCUGCUGAUUUAACGCCUUCCACAUUAACAAGAUGGAAAAAUGCCAUUGACUUCCAACCACCUAAUUCUGGAUUGGGUGAUUACUCAGGACGCUAUAUAAGAUAUGGUGUUAGGGAACAUGGGAUGAGUGCAAUAAUGAACGGUAUUUCUGCAUUUGGUGCUCAUUACAGGCCAUUUGGGGGCACAUUUUUAAACUUUGUUUCUUAUGCAGCAGGCGCUGUAAGAUUAGCAGCAUUGUCUGGAUAUCCUGUCAUAUGGGUUGCUACACAUGAUUCCAUUGGUCUUGGUGAAGAUGGUCCAACACACCAACCUAUUGAAACGUUGACACAUUUUAGGGCAUUACCAAAUAUGCAUGUUUGGAGACCUGCAGAUGGUAAUGAAGUCUCUGCUGCUUAUAAAUCUGCCUUGGAAUCUAUGCACACUCCUAGCAUAAUUGCACUAACAAGACAAAAUGUCCCCCAAUUGGAAAAUUCAUCAAUUGAGAAAGCGUUGAAAGGUGGAUAUAUUGUUCAUGAUUGCUCAAGCCCAGAUCUUAUCCUUGUUUCUACCGGUUCGGAAGUUUCUAUCUGUAUUGAUGCUGCAAAGGGACUCGCUGAAGAAAAUAAGAAGGUCCGUGUGGUAUCAUUACCAGAUUUUUAUACAUUUGAUCGUCAAACCAAGGAAUACCAACUAUCAGUUUUGCCAGAUGAUGUUCCAAUCUUAUCAGUGGAAGUAGCUGCAACCUUAUCUUGGGGCAACUAUUCCCAUGAUCAUUUUGGUAUUGAUAGGUUUGGUGUUUCUGGUAAAGGACCAGACGCUUUCAAGUUUUUUGAAUUCACUAAAGAGGGAGUCACAGAAAGAGCCAGAAAGGCUAUGGAGUUCUAUAAGGGAAGAAAGAUGUAUUCUCCUUUAAAUAAAGCUUUAUGA